AGUGCCGGCUAACAAAAUUAAAAACAUGUUGAAAAUCCCUUGAAAGAUGAAGCUGGAAAUAAUACUCAUGAGGAUGAGCAUGGCCUGCCAAUAUCAGGAAUUCUAUCAAAUUAGCACCCUCAAUUAGAAACGUGAUUCAAGAAAAUUAUCUGAACAACAUCUUCUCAAACUGCAGGAAACACUUGAAUCAUCAAAAUCUGCUUCAUAGAAAACGCACACAGGGUAAAGAGCUAACAAACUCCAAUUACCUCUAAAGAUCUUGAAGAAUCAACUUCUCUCCAGAACAAAAUAUUCUAUCACGCCAACCAGUGGUAUGCUUCUUUAAGCCCUUCAUCUUCUGGUCAAGAAUAAAUAAAGAACCCUUACCUGAAACUGCACUUGAAGGGUUAUGGGAUGUUAUACUUCAAGAAAAGCUUCCUACAGUAGCAUUUACUCCUUAUGGUGGAAAGAUGAGUGAAAUUUCUGAGUCUCAGAUUCCUUUCCCUCGUAAAAAAGGUAUCCGGUUCAUGAUUUUGUACUCGGCCAAUUGGCAAGAUGCAAAGGAAAAUGUUGCAAAGCAUGUAGAUUGGACUAGGAAGGUUUACAAGUACAUGCAACCUUAUGUUUCCAAGCACAUGCAACCUUAUGUUUCCAAGCAUCCAAGGGAAACAUGUGUCAAUUACAGGGAUCUUGAUUUGGGCAUAAACAAGAGGACUAACACAAGCUUCACAGAAGCAGGUACUUCCCGGGGUCUCAAGUGCUUCAAGAAUAACUUCCAUAGAUUGGCAUUUGUGAAGGCCAAAGUUGAUCCUGACAACUUCUUCUGGUAUGAGCAGAGCAUCCCACCUCUUCCAUUUCAACUUCAAGAAAAGCUUCCUACAGUAGCAUUUACUCCUUAUGGUGGAAAGAUGAGUGAAAUUUCUGAGUCUCAGAUUCCUUUCCCUCAUAGAAAAGGUAUCCGGUUCAUGAUUUUGUACUCGGCCAAUUGGCAAGAUGCAAAGGAAAAUGUUGCAAAGCAUGUAGAUUGGACUAGGAAGGUUUACAAGUACAUGCAACCUUAUGUUUCCAAGCACAUGCAACCUUAUGUUUCCAAGCACAUGCAACCUUAUGUUUCCAAGCACAUGCAACCUUAUGUUUCCAAGCACAUGCAACCUUAUGUUUCCAAGCACAUGCAACCUUAUGUUUCCAAGCAUCCAAGGGAAACAUGUGUCAAUUACAGGGAUCUUGAUUUGGGCAUAAACAAGAGGACUAACACAAGCUUCACAGAAGCAGGUACUUCCCGGGGUCUCAAGUGCUUCAAGAAUAACUUCCAUAGAUUGGCAUUUGUGAAGGCCAAAGUUGAUCCUGACAACUUCUUCUGGUAUGAGCAGAGCAUCCCACCUCUUCCAUUUCACAUGAGAUGAAGAAUUGGAAAGACAUUAAGCUAUUAUAUAUUUUUUUACACGCAUGUUCAAUUUCCAUCUUGUAUUCUGAUUGAACCAAUGUUUUGAAGUUAUUUAGCAAUUUGACAGAAAGAAAUCCCUGCCUUGUUGCCCAAUUUCACAUUUUAUUGUUCAUUUCAA